AAAGAAAAAAAAAAAAGAAAGAAAGAGGGGGGAAUCUCUCUCCUCUCGCCCUCUCUCCUUCCCGAUGAGUUCUUAUUUUGUCAACUCGACCUUCCCGGUGAGCCUGGCGGCGGGGCAGGAGCCCUUCCUGGGACAGCUCCCGCUGUACCCCUCGGGCUACGCGGACCCUCUGCGGCACUACCCGGGCACCUACGGAGCGGCGCAGGACAAGGGCUGCUACUCCUCCUCCUCCUCCUCCUCCUCCUCUCCCUACUACCAGCAGAGCUCGGCGGCGUUCGGCGGCCGCGCCGCCGCCGCCUGCGACUUCGGGCCCGGCGGCUUUUUCAGGGACAAGGAGCCGGCGUGCGCCCCUCCCAGCCUGGACGAGGCGCCCUCCUUCAAGGACUGCGCGCACGGCAAGAGCGCCUUCGGAGAGAGCGAGGAGCAGAAGUGCUCGGCGCCCGUGUACCCCUGGAUGCAGCGGAUGAACUCUUGCAAUAGUUCGUCCUUCGGGCCGAGCGGCCGCCGGGGCCGCCAGACGUACACGCGGUACCAGACGCUGGAAUUGGAGAAGGAAUUUCACUUCAACCGCUACCUGACCCGGCGGCGCCGCAUCGAGAUCGCGCACUCGCUCUGCCUCACCGAGCGCCAGAUCAAAAUCUGGUUCCAGAACCGCAGGAUGAAGUGGAAAAAGGAGAACAAACUGCUCAGCUCCUCGCAGCUCAGCGCCGAGGAGGAGGAGGAGAAGGCGGCCGAGUGAUGCGAGGGGAAUUAAACAAAAAACAGCGACAACAAAAAAGAAUUAAACAAAAAAAAAAGAGAGAGAAAAAAAGCAACAACAACUAAAAAAAGUUAUUUAAAACGCGAGGAGAAAAACGCUAAAAAAUUGGAAUUGAGGGAGGGAGUGGGAUGGCCCAAAGUUUGGGCCACCAAUGCCCUGCACUCCAAUUCCCACUGAAUUUGCCCCAAAAAAAAGCAAAAAUUAACCCGGCUUCUAGUGGGCCCACAAAGUUUGGGCCGCCAACACCUUGGACUCCAAUUCCCACUGAUUUUGUCCAAAAAAACCGCAAAAAUUCAUCAGGCUUCUUCUAGCGGCGUGUUGAGGUUUUUUCACCCUUUCCCUCCUGCUCCGCCAACCCCCCCUCUCAUGGAAAUGGAAUAAUAAAUAAUAAUAAUAAUUAAAAAGUGAGGAGAUGGAGAGAGAGAAGGAGGGAAAGAGAAAAUAGGGAAAAAAAAAUUUAAAAAAUUAAAAAAAAAAAGGACUCCUAGCCGUGUUUCUACCCUUGGUGUCACUGUUAGUAACCUGCUAACUCUUGUAUUUAAUGGAAGUGCUGCAAUAUAUGUCAUUUGGGGUGUUUAUUGUCCUAAUUUUGU